AUGAUAGAUUUUUAUCAAUCUUUAAGGACUCUAUUGAGAUUGGAGAAAAUUCAUGCCGAUAAUAAUGUAUUUAAAUUACAUUAUAAAGUAACAGUUGUUCUCCUUCUUGGGUUCUCGAUAUUGUUGACUAGUAAGCAGUAUUUCGGAGAGCCAAUUAAUUGUCAUAUUGGAAAAACAGAUAUCAGUAAAGAUUUUAUUGAUACUUUUUGCUGGAUUAGUGGUACAUUCACCUUGAAGAAAACAAUAAACAGUAAAAAUCUACCAGGUCUAGGGAAUCCUUUCGAUGCAAAAGACUCUGAGAUUUACAGGCAUUUUUAUUACCAAUGGGUUAGCAUUGCCUUUGGAAUUCAAGCUAUAUUCUUUUAUGUGCCUAAGUUUUUGUGGAAAACAUGGGAAGCAGGAAGGCUGAGACUACUUAUAGGAGACCUAGGAGGACCAUUGAUUUCCGACCAAUGGACAAGUGCAAGGAAAGAUACCUUCGUGAAGUAUCUAGUUAAUGGAGAUUGUGCUCACAAUAUUUAUAUGUGUAGAUAUUGUAUCUGUGAAUUUCUGAACUUCUUGAAUGUGUGCUUUCAAAUAUACUUCAUGGACUGGUUCAUAUCUGGGCACUUUUCGUCUUUCGGUUUAGCAUACGCCUCUUACAAAGAUGUUAAUCCAAUGGACAUAUUUUUCCCAAAAAAAGCCAAAUGUACCUACCGGAAUUUUGGUCCUUCCGGCUCUGAUGAAGAACAUGACUUUUUGUGCAUUCUGCCUUUGAAUGUCCUCAAUGAAAAAUUGUUUCUGGUUCUCUGGUACUGGUUGUUUAUCCUUUUAGCCAUAUCGUCGCUUUGCUUGUUGUACAGAAGCCUGUUUUUGUUUGCACCCAAAUUUCGUGUUUAUUUGCUCAGGGCACAAUGUAGAAAAUUAGAGAAGAAAAAAGCCAUGUUGAUAGUGAAAAAGUUUACCUAUGGGGACUUCUUCAUUUUGUAUAAAAUUGGCAAGAAUGUGGAUCCUACCAUUUAUAAUGAAAUCGUUGCCAGUAUAUAUGCCCAUUUCACUAUGAAAGGUUCUUGUAAAAAUUUUCCUAGAGAUGAUGAAGUUUAA